AUGCCAGAGCAAUUCCGCCCUCAGGAGGGUCCAUCGACCACCGAGCAUACCUCAGCUAUUAACACGGGCGGCACUGGACACGCUGGAGCACCACAGUUCAAUGACAGCUUUGCUCCUGCCGUAGGCCAGAACCUGGAGAAUCCCUUCUCAGGUACCGGGGAAACCAGACAGCGCAGUGGUUCCAAGGAUUAUACCGUCACAGAUGAGUGGGACGCCUCCAAGGUCCCCCCCUCGCGCUUCCAGCAGCGCAAGGGCUCCAUCUACUCGACGCCCGGCUCGCGUGACGGCCACGUGGAGAAGAACAAGGACCGCGACAACACCUUCCACGAGACGCAUACCAAGCUCUUUGGCAAGGUGAAGGAGAAGGCCAAGGAGGCCGGCGAGAAGGUGACGGGCCACCACCGCAAGACCAGCAGCGCUUCCAACAAGAGCCAGUGA